GCCGUGGCAUCCUGCGGCACGUUGCGUCAUGCUGUGGAUUUCUGCGGCACGUCGCGGCAUCGUGGUAUAGGUACAAAUAAAGUAACAUAGAUUCUGAAGUCAUUGAAAUAAGAUUUAAAAUAACUUAAUGCCACGCCGGCAGUGGGCGCUUAGUGGCCCUAUAUGUGAGAAUACGCUAAUGAGGCUCCGUGUUACAUUCCCGUUUCCAUGUCAACGACACUAGUUCUCGUGUUCCUGUCAGAGUUGAGAUGUUUGUUAGAUCUGUGAACAGUUACUUUCGACAAGAUGACCAGUAACCGAGGUACUGCGUCUCACCUACACUAGUAGUGUGAGACGAGCGCGGUGACGUCACGCGUCGCAGUGCGCAUGCGCGCGGGUGGCGCCGCGACGUCGCCGGCGGCUGCAGGGCUGACACACACACGCCGUUCAUUACAAGUCUAUCUUACGAACUGUCCUGCUAACUUCGGUAGAUAUUAUGAUUAGUAGCAAUUCUUUCUCAUCCUCAUGCACCAAGGAUGUGCAAAGUUACAGUCACAUACCUAUGGGAACCUACGAAAAAGACUGAAACAUGAUCUGAUUGGUAGCAACAAUAAGCUGAGUGCGUGUAGACACCCCUGAGGCGGCGCCCGAGUGUCGCGGGCACUUGUUGCGUCGUCGCGCCGCUCAGCUGUGUCGCGCGCGUGUUCCACCUGCCGACACAGUGCCUCGUCCCACCACGCCACUACAUCUGUAGGUACCACGCUCGUCACAAUGUACGCAUGCUACACGACAGUUGCAUACUAUAACUUUCAUCAUAUGUGAUAUAGUUGGUUUCAUCAUCAGUGUUGCAUGGCAGCACUAUAACAGAUGUUCCUCUGUGUGGGGACACGCGCGACGCAGUGUCGGCGCGGCGUGGCGGCGUGUCGCGCUGGCGCCGCGCCGACACUCUCACGUUAUCGGCGCGACGGAGAUCAUCUCUCGGCAGUUGACGCUCAUCUCUCGCGGUUCAUACAAUUUGUUUGAUGAGUUGUGGCGACACUGACAUGUGAGUGCAGUGAGUGUCGGCCUGGCAGCCGUAGGUGCUCACCACGGGUGUCUGAGAGCCGCUACACCUGCCUCUGGCACGUGAUCCGGUCAUCUGAAGGGAUGAGUCAUUGACCUCUACUCAUCUAAGGGCGGUGCUACGCUGAUGUAGCGGUGCUACGCUGAUGUAGCGGUGUUACGCUGAUGUAGCAGUGCUACGCGGAUGUAGCGGCGCUACGUCGUAGUGUCGUAGCGGCGUAGCUUGGUGCGAGCAUGGGCGCGCCGGCGGGGGUGCCGAGGGGCGCGCGGCGGCCGAGCCACGUGGCGUACUACGUGGCGCUGGUGGGCAUCCUGUCGCUGCUGGUGAUGCUGUGCCUGUACUUCUGCUACUACUUCGUUAAGAAGGUCCGCGAGCUGAGCUCGGCGGAGUCGCUGUCGCUGCCGGGCGCGUCGUGCCGCGCGCCGCCCGCGCCCGCCUACCCCGUGCAGCCAGUGGUGCGGGACAGCGCGAGCGCGAUGGCCAAGCUGUGCAAGCAGGUGCCGGGCGGCGGCUACAGCGUGUUCCCCGUCGCCACCUCGCCCGCCGCCCUGCGCGCCAGCACCGGCGAGCCCGAGCCGCGGGGGCCCGCGCCGGGGCCCGACGCGCCGCCCGCGCCGGGGCCCGAGCCCGAGCCGCGGCCCCGCGCGCCCGACGCCGCCGAGCCGCGCCCCGACAAGCCGCCGCCCGCGCUCUCCGUCACCGCCGCGCCCGACGUGCUCGCGCGGUAAUGCCGGCUCGUGUAGGAUCAAGCACGUAUUUCUUUCGGAAUUCCAAGGGUUGGAAUGCUUGCAUAUUAUCGUUACACUUAUCACUAGUAUAACAGGUUAAUGUAAGAAACAGUCCAGGGCCGUACUGAGGCCGUCUAGUAAUGUUAAUGUUUUUGUAAUGUAUAGCAGUUGAUGCUGCAACUCAGAUAUCUGUCAAUAGCUAUGUUCAUACUACCUCAAAAACGAAUUAAUAAUAGUUUUUCACUUUUCUAACGCCCUUUACCUUCUGACAAGUUUUUAACUCAAGAACAAUUUAUACAAGCAUUGCUAUGAAUAUUAUAUGUAAUGUUAUAAUAAUAUAAGUGUUGCUGGUCCUCGCUGGUCGUGUCGUGCGACAUGUGAGUGUGUGCAGUAUGUCAGGUGCGUCACGCAACAGGUCCGGCCGCCCGUCCACUCGAUGUACUCAUGUUGUGACUCUCAGUUUGUUGACUAUUUGUUACCUAGACGAGUCUGUAAUUGCUGUUGUACGCUUGACUUUUUAUCGUAAUAAGUGCUAUAAAUAAAUGUUUGUAAUUUUGUAUUAUUAGUCAAUAUUAGUAGAAAAAGUGGAUAUAACAAAUUAUUAUAAUAAAACUUAUAUCUUUUUUACAUAAUUCUGAUACCUACAAUAUAUGCAUUUUAUAAAAAAAAACAUAUUGUGCCAAAACUUUCGAGUCUCUCUUUCUAAGUAAAUAUUAAAUAUUGUGGUAAUAAAUUAAGGUUGUAUACUAAGUAAUAAAAUGUUAAAGACUUUACAUCGCUUGGGCUUGGUGUCUGUAUCAAUUUGUUAUUGUUGUUAUUUAAUAAAUUAAAUAAAGUUA